AUGGCCGCUCGCGAUGCGCCCAAACCCCCCAAAAUCGACCGCCAAUCCACCACCCCCUUCCACCUAAAGCUCUUCUACCGCGUCAACAACUUCCACCCGCUCUCCGACUUCGCCCCUCCCAGCCCCUCGCACAACUACAGCGGUCCUCUCAGCGGGCCGAACUCGAUCCGCUCGCGCUCCCCGCCGCCCCAGCAACAAGCCACGAGCAACCUCCCAGCCCACCUACAGAUCUACACUUGGCAGUCGUGCACCCUGCGCGAGCUCUCGCAGCUCCUCACUUCCGCGUUACCGUCGCUGCUACCGGACCCGGCCGUUGGCACAAGACUCUGUUUCCGGCUCAUUUACCCGGACACGAAGGCGGCGGCGACGAUGGGGUCUGAUGCGCGCGGGCGCUAUCUAAGCAAGGAUAUGGGGAGUGUGGUCGUGGGGCCGAAGGAGAGUCCGUAUCGCGACGAGACGCAGCGACGACUUGAGGAGGAAGGAAAGGAAGAGGAGGGGGAGGAUGAGGGGUCGAAGAAGAAGGGUGGUCGGGCGCUGCCGCUGCGUCUGCAGGGCCAUGAUGCCGAUAAGACGUUGCAGGAGAUGCGGUUCGUGAUCGGCGACUAUGUGGAUUGUGCGGUGUUGCCGCCGCUGGAGGACGGGUCGGUUGCGCCGCCGUUGACGGUCGGGCGCGGCGCGAUGAGCUCGACAGUGGGAGGUGGCAUGAGGGCGUUCCGCGAACCUGGGUUUGGUCGGUCUGGUGGCGGGAGGGGAGGACGGGGUGGUCCUGGGGGUGAUCGAGGGAUGAUGCCCAUGGGGGAUUGGAAACGGGGAGAGAGGUUACCGGAGGGAGGUGGUGCCGGAAGUCGGGGAGGGAGGAGAGGAUGGGCGCCGUAUUGA